AUGGAUCUCACAGGAGAUACCAUCGAGGUCGUCGUCUCGCGACGGCCGCAACGUGAUCCCAAUGCGAGGCAACUCUCGGUGGAUCAGGCUUUGCAAUACACUCCUAUGACAACGUCGAUUCUCCCCGCUUACAAUCGCAUCCCUAUCCCACAGGUCGGUCGCCUCAAUGACUUGCGCCUCACUUCUUCCUCCGAACGUCAGGCAGUAUAUCGAAGCGAACUGUACUCCUCGAGGGCCAAAGAACGUCUUUCCGUCCUGCUCGACCCCAGCCGCCUGUCUAAGAUCAAAUUCCCUCGUCCGCCGAUUCAAAAUGAAAAAUCGGUCGAGACAGACCUGAACCCCAUACAGAACAUGGUCCUCAAGAUGUCAAAAGUCGAGUAUGCAUUACCCUCGACAACUGCUCCUCAGCCUACAGUCAAGAAGAAAACUCUCCAAAUGCCCAUAACUAAACCGGCCUUUGUCGUUGAAGUACCUAAGCCACCUCCGUCUUUAACCAGAGAUGACCAUGUCGCUUGGCAACAAGGACGGAAAGUGAGCGAUCCUUCACUAAACACCAAGCGCGUGUUGGCGACCAGCUCCAAGAAACAGAAGGAUGACCAGCUGUUAGCGAGCUUUGAGAGCCACCUGGUCGACAUUUUCGAAGCUCAAGAUCAAAUUGCCCCCCACACAUCGACAGAGCGAGUCAAAAUCAACAAUGCUAUGUUCGAUGUACCAGGUGGUGAAGACGACACUGAGCCGCGUCUUGCGAUCCGUGUACAUGAGCAACUUCAAUCGGUCAUGAGCCAACUUUUGUCCUCUGGUCGCUUAGGUGAUGCUUCUGUGGAGUAUCUUCGACGACUCCAACGUAUAUGUGAGCCAGCGAUAGAAGCUGCGCAGACAGUCAACUUGCAGCUCCCGUCGGAUCCAACGGAUGAGAACAUUUCCGCUUGGUUGUCGAAACUUCACAAAGCAGAAAAUGGUGCUGCAUCAGCCUCUACUCUAGUCUACACCGUCCUCAGCGCUCCUCACAAUCAAGAUCUCAUCAGUUUAGAAGCACUACAAUGGUUGCCUAACGUGCUCGUGAACUUGUUCGAGAACUGUUUGAUCCCCACCGUCGAGGCCCGCCCAGAUGGACAAAGCAGUCAAGUCUUCAGAUAUUCGUCUGUCUACAGUGAACCGUUGAAACGCUUGCUAGAUGCCGGCCGCAAACUUCUGGGCCUUGUUGCAAGACUGUGUGUGGACAUCAAGGGAGCCGGACCCGUCGUCAACUCCACCGAAUUCCUGGCGGUGAAGCUUAUUUUUGUUCAGAAUGCCUACAACGACAAAUCGUCAGCAAUUGGAUCCCAAGCGUACGAACGAUUGAGAAAGCAUGCCAUGGCGGCUGUUGCCAAACUGUACGCAGCGUUCCCCGACGAGCGAUCGGCGAUAUUGGACGAGGUCUUGACAUCCCUGGACAAGUUGCCUUCUAAUAGCCGGAGCGCAAGACAAUAUAAACUUGGAGGUGGCAGAAAUAUCCAACUGGUGUCUGCUUUGUUCAUGCAGCUGGUUCAGACUUCGGCCAUGCAAUCAGGCGUGAAGAAGCGCAAGUUGCGGCGCCCACCACGGACAGGAUCUUCGAAUCCUGACAGCUCAGAAGAAAGCGAGGAGUCGGCCAGCGACAUGGAGGUUGAUUCUGCCCCUGGGGCGGAUGAAGAUAAAAGGAAUCCACUAUCAAAGCUGGGUCAAAUGGCGCAGAAUCUUCUGCAUGACGCGCUCAACAGUGCCCAACAUAUUGUGAUGUGGAUGGUUGACAAAGCCUCCAAGGUCACGAAGUCUGGAGAUUCGCCUUACCGCAACAUUCUCGAUCUGUUCGUCGAAGACCUCACCCUGGUGUUCCCAUCACCAGACUGGCCAGCAUCUGAAUUGCUUCUUUCCGUGUUGGCUCACCGGAUGAAAACACUUGCCGAGACAGACAAGGCGGCUUCCACCAAGAAUAUGGCUCUCGAAUCAUUGGGGGUCAUGGGGGCUGCUAUUUCUCAGACUCGUGCGUCUGUUCGAAGCCUGCUUUCAUCAAUCACCAGAGACGGAGAACCACGCUCCACUACCAUCGCCCAAGAUCUGUCAGAUUCAGUCAGAGAUCGGCCUCAUUUCUCGCUUGAAAUUCAGGAGCUUGUGUCUGCCCGCGGGCCAUUUUCUAUCGUCAACUCCUAUUUGAGCCAAAAAGGAGGGGAGAGCUUGGGAACAAAGUCUGCGAGGGCAUAUCUCCUUGCGAAGUACGCCACGUUGCUGAACCAAAUUUCCAAACACCCACGAGAUGGAGAGCGGGAGUUCAAAAUCGACGCGAGGCUUACGGACACCCUCUUGGCAACACUUCAACAGCUGUCCGGAUCAAUUGAAUAUAACGAAGUCGUGGAUGAUUACGCUGAAGUCACCGAUCGAGAGGCUACACUGGCCUACAUGCUCAGUAUUCUAAACGGGCAAUUCUGUUGCUUGUUUCCACACAUUGCCAAAACGCUCAGUUCGUCUCUUGAAAGUGAUCAGGCUCAAGUUCGCAGCCGCAGCUUGAAGAGCAUUGCCGCGAUGUUAGAGAUUGACUCAAGUCUUCUCGACUGGGAACAAUCGCUAGCGGACGCUGUUCUCAAGUGUGCUUCUGACGACUCCUCCUUGGUGAGGGACUCUGCCUUGUCUCUCAUUGCCAAAUUCAUCAUGCCAAGGCCCGCACUUCAAGCGAAAGCGUUUGGGAUGCUUCGCAAAUGCACUGCUGAUCCCAAUGUCGGAGUUCAGAAAAGAGCCAUGGGGCAUUUGAAAGACGUCUACCUGAAAGAAGAGAGACCGAAGUUGAAAGUAGCCAUUGCGGUCGAGUUCCUGCGCCGAACUGCCGAUCAAGAAAGUUCCGUGGCUGAGCUUGCUAAGAAGAAUCUGGCAGAGGUUUGGUUUGAUUCCCACCUGACAAUGGUGGACUCCGCAGCUGAGUCUGCACGUCUGGACGUCGCGAUCGGGGAUCUCAAAUCGCACAUUGUUGCAUGCGUUGACACAGACGUCGCCCGUCUAGCCCCGCUCUUGAAAGAGUUCUUGAUUUGGAAGUUGAAGGAUUCCAAGAACACCGAUCAAGUCCGAGACCUAUGUGCCCGUGUUGUCAAGAAACUGCUAGACGCAGCCAAUAGCUCAGAGGUGGGACCGGCAGAAUUGACGACACUUGUUGCAUUUGUGGAGGCUCGACCGGAAACGGUGGUGCCUGCAGACCUAACCAGUUUGAAGAGCUAUCUGAAAGACUUGUCCAGGCAGGAUAACAUGCCGAAGUUCAUUUCAGUGGUGGCUAUAUUUCGUUCAGUUCUACCACAUCUGUCCAGCACCCAAGCUCCGCUGCUGCAAGAGGUUCAGAUGGAUCUUCUAAAAGCUAGUGGCAAGCUUACACAACGCGAAGUUAUCGAGGAGGUCAUGUCUUGUCUAAGAAGCAUCGGUGGUGUUCUGCAAGAUGCCACCAAGAUGGUUAGGUUCACGACAUCGCUAGUAAGGAAUUUGCAGCGGCCGGGGAUGGUCCAAGAGACCGCAGAGGCUCGUGAGAAGGAAAGUCAAUCAAGGGAACUCAGAGCAAAAGAGGAUAAAAUGAGAGAGCAAUCCCUGCGUCUGCUUGGCGCUGUGGGGAAGCAUCUUGAUCUGGAACGUUCUUCCAAAGAAUUUCAAACCUACUGUCCUACAUACAAAACGGGGUCGGUUGCAGGGUUCAUUGCGGACUGCAUUAUGGAACACACCCUCAAAGGUCGUCCUAUUGAGACCCGAGUGAGGGCUUUGGAGAGUCUUGGCCUCGUCUGUCAAGCAUGGCCGGGCCAGUUCAACAAACGACAUAUUCGCGAAACCUUCUUCCAAGUCCUGGAGGGAUCGUCAUUUGGCGGUUUGGACGAAAAAGACAUUGGGAGGAUGCAGGUCACAGUGCUUGAGUCACUCCAAGAACUGUACCGGAAGCGUGCCACCGUCAAAGAGGACGCCAAGAAAGUCGAAGUCCAGGCGUUGAAAAACAUUGGCGGGGACAGCAAGACGCGCGAGGAUGAGAGUGCGCUCUCGAUCAUCACCAAUACUCUGGUCGACCUCCUCCUCCGAAUUGUCAUGUCCGAGACCGGUGUAACAGCGCUGCUCGCUGCUCGAACACUGGCCAGCAUCGACCAUCAGGGCAUGAUACAUCCGAAACAAAGCACAUCGGCGUUUGUGGCACUGGAGACCAGCACAGAUCCCCAGGUUGCCAGUGUUUCCCGGCUUGCCCACGAGCACCUGCAUCAACAGCACGAGUCCGUCUGUGAAAGGGAGUAUAUCAAUGCCGUACAUGCCGCAUUUCGGUAUCAGAAUGAGGUGUUCAAGGCUCCACAAGGAGGCAUUGUUCCAGGACACCAAGCUAAACUUGCAGCAGCCUUUGCAAUAAUCAGCACCAGUGGUUCGAAGUACGUGAAGAAGUUCCUCAGCAACCUGAUUUCGAAACUCAACACCGACUACUCCAAGUUGGAUGUGGCUGGGAACGAAAUUCCUGAACAUCUGUUGUUUGUGCUGUUUGUGACGCAGAACCUGGCAUUCUUUGAGUAUAAGAAGAUGGAUGAGCUACUGCACGCCGUGCUACAACUCGAGCUGGCGUUUGGCAGAAACGGUGGCGAGACCGCACAGGCGAUUGAGACGGAUCUCCGCUUGGCCUCUGUCAGCCAUAUCGACAAUGACGCGGCAGAUUUGGUCGGGAUGGAGCCAGCCCCCCCGGACGUGGUCGUGGACCCUGUCAUGUUGAAGAGACUGGCGACGGCCGCUUGUGCGAUCACAUUGAUCUCCGAGGCGAGAAACUAUUUGAAGCGACAGUAUGGGGUAUCGCGAGAUGUUACAACGGCGAUGCAACAGAACAAGCAAACCAAGGAGGCGGCAAAGGAACCGGUCAAGGUGCACGGAAUCAGUGGGGACAAGUUCUGGCACAACUCCAACGCGGUUCUGGAAUCACUCGGCAGUACGGGCGCCAUGAUUGCAAGAUGCCGAGAGUUUGUUGAUCUUGUGGCCGUGGAUGAUGAGGUGAAGAUUGCCGAGGAGGAAGCGGCAAUCAACGCCAUGCUGGACGUUGCCCCGGAGCAAGCCAUGAGUGCGCAACGCGGUCGAAAGCGCAAGAGUGGACCUGGGUCAGCUGGAGGGACCCCGAAAAGAGCUCGAGGUCGGCCUCAGAAGAAUGGACACGCGAGACGUUCGUCGAGCGUGGCCUCAUCCGUGGGCCACGAUCUUGACACAGAUGUUAAUGGCUGA